AUGUCUGCCAUUAGAGCUUCUAUAAACAACCGAAGCUGUGGAACGGAUGCUGAUCGAAUCAGCAACUUGCCACCAGAUUUAACACAUAAAAUCCUAGAACGUUUACCACUAAAAGAAGCCGCUAAGACAAGCGUGUUGUCGCAACAUUGGAGGUUUCAAUGGGCUUCCAUUCCACAGAUUAUACUUGAUGAGUCAUUCUGUGAGAGCAUCCAAGAGGGAAGAAAUGAUUCUGCACAUAUCUCAUUGAUUUACUCGAAUAUUCUUCUUAGUCAUGUUGGUCCGAUAUCUAAGUUCGUGCUUUAUGUUCCCUCUUGGUUCCCGGGAGAAACAUUCAUGUGGAUACGAUCUGUUUGUACCAAUGAUGUCAAGGCGUUCACUCUGGUGUUCGCUACAAGUCUGCCAAAGAAUUUGCCAACAUGUGUGUUCAGUUGUUCGGGCUUGACACAUCUGACCCUCAUCCAAGUCAAACUCCUUUCUCUUCCUCCAACUUUUAUAGAGAAUUGUAUUGACACAAAAAUGUUGGAAUCUGUUAUUUCAAGAUGCCCACAGCUAGAGAGCCUCAAUCUAACAAUUUAUGAGCCGGCGAAUUUGACAAUACAUGCUCCAAAACUUAAGGAUCUCAUCCUGAUAGGCUACCUUUAUAGCGGAGAAACACACAUGUGGAUACGGCGUGUUUGUGCCAAUGAUGUCAAGGAGUUCACUCUCGUGUUUGCUCCCGAUGUGCAAAAGAAUUUGCCAUCAUGUAUGUUCAGUUGUUCGGGUUUGACACAUUUGACUCUCACCGGAUACAAGUUCCUCUACCUUCCUCCAGCUUUUAAGGGCUGGACAGAUUUGACCCUGUUUCGUUACAAACUCCUCGAUCUUCCUUCAACUUUUAAGGGCUUUCCUCACCUUAUUUAUCUGAAAUUGUAUAGCGGGAUGAGGGUCGAGGCAAAGGUUUUGGAAACUCUAAUUUCAUGGUGCCCACAACUCGAGAGCCUUCAUCUAAUGUGUUGA